GUUCUCCGGAAGGUGAGGCUAACAAGGCCGAUGGCGAAUCAGUCCCAGUGCCUGGACGAUGCCCCUUUCCGGAGUUUACGCGGCUGGGAGCCCGUUCCCCCUUCGACCUAUAACGAGGCGCAGCGCCUGGCGCUGGAGGAGCUUAUCGCCAAAGGCCGGCCGGCUUUCCAGGCUUUCUUACGCCGGGAAAAAAUGGGCUCUUUCCUUUCCGAUCCCGAGAUCCAGGCUGUUUUGCGCUCCGCCGUGCAGCCACUCGGGACAAACGAAAGUGUCUCGGCUACAGGCCAAGCCCUGAACACCUCCUUGGAUUGCUCCUCGCUCACAUACUUCCCGGUGCAGUCCGAUGUUGAACCACCUGUCCUAGAACUGGGCUGGCCUGCCUUUGUUACCGGCUCUUUCCGUGGACUGACCCGCGUGGAGACUUAUUUCCAACCCUGUUUUGGAGAGAUCAUCUAUGCUUGCAAAGAGGCGGUGCGCAAGCAGAUCCGGUCAGCCAGAGAAGUUAUUGCUGUGGUUAUGGACACCUUCACAGAUAUGGACAUCUUCAGUGACCUUCAGGAAGCUUGUAAGAAAAGGCUGGUUCCUGUGUAUAUACUUCUGGAUCAGAAUUUUCUGUGCCAUUUCUUGGAAAUGUGCAAAAACUUGGAAUUCUCCCCUGAACAGGAAAAUUUAAUGAGAGUCCGAACUAUUACUGGAAACACAUAUUAUGCAAGAUCAGGAGCUAAGAUAAUUGGGAGUGUCCAUGAGAAGUUCAUGCUUGUUGAUGGUGUAAGAGUGACUACAGGCUCCUACAGCUUCACUUGGACUGAUGGGAAGCUGAACAGCAGUAAUUUAUUGCUACUCUCAGGCCAAAUAGUGGAACAUUUUGAUUUGGAGUUCCGAAUCCUGUAUGCACAAUCUAAGCCUCUUAAUUCAAAGCUGCCUCAAAGCUGCAGAACUAGUGUUUGCCAUGAAGAUCUCGUCAAUAAACUAACACCUUGCAAAGAUUUCACUGUGGGUAAUCUUCUGAGAGCUGAGUUUGCUAGGCUUUCAAGCUCCCCCAAAAAACUUGAAAGAGAAAUAGAACAGGUGAAAGAGCUCCAAGGGGGGCGGAUGAGUGCUAAACGGCCACAUCUUAGUGGUGAAGAGGAAUGGCAUAGUGGUUCUGAAAUGCUAACAAAACCUAAAGAGACAAACAGCCAGUCCACUCAGACUGAAACUUUAGACGAGAAGCGAGCAACAACAUUCUUAAACUGUGCCACACAAACUACUACUUCUGUGGUUUCAGCCACCACCCAGACCACUACUCGAUCUAGAAUGGUGGGCACUCAGACAACAGUUGUAUUUAAAACUUCUAUGACACAGACUGACAAAAGAGAUAAUGUGGAAGUACCCCUGGCUCAGAAAAUACCUGAUCAGAGGAUUCCUGAUCAAAAAAUCUCCUCUAAAGAAGGGUCUCCUAUUUCUAGAAAGUCCACCUCAACUUCUUCUAGUGCACGAUCACUUUCUUCAUUGUCCUCUCAAUGUUCUCGGGCAAGUUCUGGUUCACUAACAUCCCUUAGGUCUAUUGACUAUUCUGUCAAUCAUCGGGGAGAUUAUUUCCGCAAACUAAACAAGGAGAGGGAAUUUCACUACUCUGUUAUUCGAUCCAAGCUUAACCAUAUGGUUUCCAUGCUCUCUAGGAGGGGAAAUGCGGCUGAAAAUUACAGAGGUUGCCAUCCAAUGAGGUGUAACUUAAAACCUAGACAACAGAUUAGCACAAGCCUAAUAAAUCUUAGAGACUUUGCACUGUAUAAUUCAAGUGACUGCUUCUGAGAAGGAAGGAACUGUUAUAUACAUAGUUGUCAGCAAGGAGAUCCUUCUCUUCUUAAACUGCCCAUUUCUGUAAUAUUACAAGAUUUGAUUGAGGCAUGGAGAAAAAAAAACCCUUGCGUGCAGCAGAGCCAAUAGGUGGAUCAACUUUAAGAAUACAAAAGAAGGCACUCUUUAUUUUAUUCUAUAGAUUUGUUUAAGAUACAGCUGUUGGAGGUAGCCAGGUCUUGUACUUCAGCCUGUUUAUUUUGUGGUACCUUAUGAAUAUUUAGGAAGAAGGGGGAUUGACUGUUUUUGUCAAUGCAGUUUUUUAAAAAUUUCAUUAUUUUUUACCCAAGAGUAUGAUCCAAUCAAGCCAGUACUCCAGCCUCAUAAUAGCUAAAUAUGCCCUUGCCAUUAAUAAAAGUAUGGCAAAUUUUCCACAUGUCUCUUGCUAAUCUUACACUAUAGUUAGACAUAUAGUGUUGAUGAAUUUAAUAAAAAGCAUUUAUUUUCAACCAUGGAUUUUAGCAAAAUAG